AAAAACCCUAGCAGCAGCUCUAAAUAGAUUCAAAGAGAGGCUGCCGCUGGCUUGGAAUCGUUGAGAGAGAGAGAGAGCAAAAUGGUGUCAGGGUCGGGGAUAUGCUCAAAGAGAGUGGUUGUGGACGCUAGGCACCACAUGCUUGGUCGACUUGCAUCGAUCAUAGCAAAAGAAGUGUUAAACGGCCAAAAAGUGGUAGUAGUUCGUUGCGAGGAGCUAUGCAUAUCGGGAGGACUCGUGCGGCAGAAGAUGAAGUACAUGAGGUUCCUCCGAAAGCGUAUGAACACAAAGCCAUCUCACGGUCCCAUCCACUUCCGGGCACCUGCAAAGAUAUUGUGGCGCACAGUCCGGGGCAUGAUCCCUCAUAAGACCAAGCGCGGUGCCGCUGCUCUCUCUCGCUUUAAGGCUUACGAGGGCAUUCCUCCUCCUUAUGAUAAGACCAAGAGGAUGGUUAUUCCAGACGCUUUAAAGGUGCUGAGGCUUCAGAAGGGACACAAGUACUGCUUGUUAGGUCGCCUUUCUUCCGAGGUUGGAUGGAACCACUACGACACUAUCAGGGAGCUGGAGGAGAAGAGAAAGGAGAGAGCUCAGGUAACAUAUGAGAGGAAGAAGCAGCUGACCAAACUUAGGGUGAAGGCUGAGAGGGCUGCAGAGGAGAAACUUGGUCCCCAAUCUGACAUCCUUGCCAUGGUUAAGUACUGAGGUUACAUAGAUUAGGCAGUUGCUUACCAUUUUGUUUGAGGAUUUUGUCGUAAUGACUUUUGUUGUUUUUUUGAGAUGGUGCACUAUGUUUUGAUAAAUUUUGAACGAAUAUUGGUUUCUCUUGAUUCGGCUAUAGUAUGUUUCUUUUAUUGUCUCAA